UCCUGUUAGCGCCACACUACGGCAAUCUCCAUAGCGAUUAUUCCAACAAUAAGGGAACUGGACCAUCACGUUUCCCUUAUCAAUGUUUCCGACGUGAUAUGCAUGUAGUGGAAAUAUCUGAUUAAUUUAAUUAAGAAAACUAAUUGGUUAAUUGAAUUUGCAAGACCGUUGAAUUACAGAACAGAGCAACAAAGAAGCCAAAAUGGGGGAAAAGGGAGGACGCACGGAUAUGGACCGUGUUGGUUUAUUUCAGGAGAUGGGAUAUGUAACAAUCAAUGAUAAAUACAAGGAGCGAGGAAUUAAAUUCAAUGAAGCAGCUGAGAAGGGUAAACAGAUGUUAACAGAAGGCUCAAAAGAUAGAUCCGCGUUACAGACAGGGUAUUUCCAGAAGGCGUUUACUCGUGUUUACGAGGGAGAAUCAUACACAGACCCAAUAAAAAUCCGGAGGCAACACAGGUUAAAAGAAAUGCAAAAGAAUAUUGGAAAACCUUUUCAACCAAGCAGUGGAGAGAAAAAGCCUUCGGGCUUGGGAAACCAUUAUGGAACACUAAGCGGACCUAUUGGUGCAUUUAGUCCGGCCACAAGACCUGGAAAAGAAUACAAAUCUCCAGGCAGAAACUUCCAAACAAACCCAGGAAAAAGAGGCACAGGAUUUGGGUAUCUUGGAGUAACAUUAGGGAAAUAUCCCAAUUACUUGUCAGAUCCAUUUGACCAGCAUAAAGAAAUUGCUCGGAAAGAAUUACAACAGCACAAGAAUUCAAUAAAAGGAACAGGAGCUUUUAGACUGAAUAUGCACCCUCGAGCUUAUUUUGAUAGUAAUCCGUAUUCCUCUGACAAAUUAGGUCGCAGAGGAGGGUCCGCAACUAUGCCAUCAAAGAAGGAGGAUGUCAAACCCUUCAAACCAAGCUCUCCUGGAAAGAAACCUGCUGGUAUGAAGGCCGGAACAUUUGAUCCCUAUCCGUCACAUUCAGCUGAUGCCUACAAAGUCAAAGUUCCCCGUUCUAUCAACAUUGUCAACAAGAGUGGCAAGACAUUUAUGCCAUCCCAAGGCCCGAAGAGUACACCAACCGUGUCUAUUGUUAACCAAAAUGUGCUCAAAUCAAUCAACAUUCAAAAUUAUCGAUCUGUGUCAUCAAUUAUAUAAAGACAUUAUUAUUGAAAUUAGAAUUUUAGGACCGAAGAAAGAAAUUGUUUGUGCAUUUCAAGCAGUAUGUAACAUGGCACACUUUUUGUCUCCUUCCAAAUUCCCUGUAAAACAUUAAGAAUGUGUGUGCAAUUGAAGCACAAGAUGUUACUGUUUAAACAGACAUUUAAUGUCAUAUAUUUGUACAUAAGACAUAAAGUAUUACUGUCUCUUAGUGUGCAAAGAAACCUCAUUUUUAUUGGUGUUUUUAUAUAAUUUUAUCUAUGUAUAUGUAAAUGUGUACAAUUUCAGUGCAUAUCAGUCUGUGUUUGUUGCAAUCGUCAAUACAUGAGUUGCCGUGUUGACAACCUCAUCAAGUGAAAGCUGUGAUAUUGUAAGCAUGUAUUUCUCCUCCUAAAACACUUAGAUAAAUCCAUUUUAACUUUGUAUGUUCCCCCAAAAGCUUUGAAUUAUCUGUUAGCAAUGUACUUGUAUAUGCACUUUAUUUUUCUUCAAGAAACAGGAUUUUCAAGAGGUUCUGUUUAUGUUGGCAAAUGAAUGGUAGUGCUUUUUAAAAGGAAUGUUCAACAAAUUUAUGCCUUAAAAUCCAGGUGCUGGUUAUGCAUUAAAUGUACUUCAAUGAAACAGUAUUUAAUUGCCUUAAAUUAUGUCUACAACUAUGAACAUAUCUAACAAAAGAAGUAUAUUACCUCAGAAUUGAUUUAUUGAACAUAUCUUUAUUCUAUAAAUUGAUAGUUUUACUUUAUGUCAUUUCACUGUCUUUAAAUGACAAACUGAAAAUUGUGAUCUCUCUUAUUCUUUGUGUCUAAUACAUGUAUAUUUAAAUUUUAAAUUUCAGCUUUUGACUUUAGAUUUUCUUCAACAUUUACCUUUUAAUAUUCAAACCAAUGAUUUCUACUUCUUACAUAACUGUUCAUAAAUUAUUGUAAUUUAAUGUAUUUGAAUGAAAAAAUGGAGUGGUAUGUCAUCUUUGUUAUCUUAUGAACAAAAUAAAAUUAUCUUGAUGAA